CACGAGAGUUUGGGGCUGACUUUAAUUAAUCAAGAAGUACUUGUUGAGUUUAGUUCAUUCAUCAUUCCAGAAGUACCUAUUCAGGGCUCAAGGAAAAUAGGAAAUUUGGAAGGAUUGCCAGGCUUCAAAGACUGUUUAAUUUACAGGGUCCAUGAUACAAACCUAAGAGGGUAGAGGGACGGUCACAUGAAGCACAUAGCAAGAAAGUAGCCAUCUACAAGCCUGGAAGAGAGCUCUCAUCAGAAACCAAAUUUGCUAGCACCUUGAUCAUGGACUUCUAGCCUCCAGAACUCUCCCACCUCCACUGAAGAUCCCAGCAAGACAACAUGCCUCCCAAGAAGCCUGAGCCUAAGAAGGAAGCAGCCAAGGCCGCCCCAGCCCCAGCCCCUGCCCCAGCUCCUGAACCCCCCAAGGAACCUGCCUUUGACCCCAAGAGUGUAAAGAUAGACUUCUCUGCUGACCAGAUUGAAGAGUUCAAAGAGGCUUUCUCGUUGUUUGACCGGACGCCAACUGGGGAGAUGAAGAUUACCUACGGGCAGUGUGGGGACGUGCUGCGGGCCCUGGGCCAGAACCCCACCAACGCCGAGGUGCUGCGUGUCCUGGGCAAGCCUAAGCCUGAAGAGAUGAAUGCCAAGAUGCUGGACUUUGAGACGUUCCUGCCCAUCCUGCAGCACAUCUCCCGCAACAAGGAGCAGGGCACCUACGAGGACUUUGUGGAGGGGCUGCGCGUUUUCGACAAGGAGAGCAAUGGCACCGUCAUGGGUGCUGAGCUUCGCCAUGUCCUUGCCACCCUGGGAGAGAAGAUGACCGAGGCUGAAGUGGAACAGCUGUUGGCUGGGCAAGAGGAUGCCAAUGGCUGCAUCAAUUACGAAGCUUUUGUCAAACACAUAAUGUCUGGGUGAAGCAGACCCGUCUAGGGUGCCUGGCCCUUGGCCUUAGCCUUUCUGGGGUGAGUUAAGCAAGAGGCCCUGAGUGACUGAGCUGGAACUGGGGUCCUGGACUUAACCGCUGUGCCGCAGCCCCAAGGACUCCCUGUAAAUAAACAGUUUGAGCAA